AUGGCUGAGCUUUUGGAAGGGUUUUCCAAUUCAUUGAGCAAAGCUGAACAAGCGGUUAAGAAUGACUGUCCUGACAAACUGCGAGAUGUAUUAAAAAACGAAGGGACUGCGUUUACAAGUGAUUUAGUAACAGAGGGAAGUCUUGUUAAUCAUCAAAUACGUGAGAACCUACUUCAUUUUGCUGUUCACCAAUCAGCCAGUCGGUGUAUUAAUCUGCUCUUAAAUCCACCUUUCUGUUGGAAUUCAGAAUCCCCUAACUCUCUUGGUCAUACUCCAUUAGAUUUAGCUAUGAGGCGGCAUUACUUGCCUGUUGUUUAUCUCCUUGCGUCACAUUCAGAUUCUCCUUAUUCUUAUAAAAAACACCCCUUUUCUGUCGACCUUCUGUUGAUUGAGCCCUGUUCUAUUGAAUUGAUACCAGGAGCACUAAACGCUAACUAUGAUUCUCAAAAUUCUGACUUAGCGUGGUUAUUUAAUUCAUGUAUGUAUGGUGAAAAUAUCCGAUGUACGGCUGAAAAUAUCAUCUUAUUAUUUGAACUGCUAUUGUCAGGACCUGUUUGCCCACUUAAUAUUGCUCUUUGGUUAGCUCUUGGACAGGUUUACUUAGUGAAUUCUCAUAAUAUUUCUUGUGCAACUUAUCCAAAUUGUUUGUUUAAUAACAACAUUAACAUUUGGAAUACCAGUUGGCAUGAUUUAUUUAUCGCCUGGGCAUCGCAUCGAUCACGUACGGGGAACCAGUUAAAUGAAUGUGAUCAGCAACAAGUCCUUUCUUUCGGUCCUUUAAGUCUUAUGGAUUUUUGUCGAGUUACAAUCAGGAGACAUGUUUCUGCUGUCAUAGACGUUCGUAGACAAGCCUAUAAAAAAUCCAACUCUGUGAAAUAUUAUAAUUAUGCUAGCCUUAUUAAAAAGUUGCCUAUUCCAGCAAAACUACGUGCUUUCUUGUCCUAUUGUGAUUUAUGGCCGAAUUUGGAUAGAUCUCAAGUCAAAGUCGUUAAAGCAAACCAAUUUCAUCGCAAUCAAAUAACAGACACUAUGAUUAACAAUAUAUUUUAUGAAAAUAGAUGGUUGUAA